ACGGAUAAGAAAACACAAUAUAACUAAUUAACCUUUGAGAUAAGCAUAGAUUAACUCAAUGGCAGGGAAGGUUGAGAAAGUGCUUGCGAUAGUGAUGCUUGCAAUGCUUCUGUUUUCGGAGCAUUUCAUGGCUGCUAAUCAUGAAAUUAAAACAACUGAAGAUAACUCUACUAUUAGCCCUUUCUGCUUAGUAAAAUGUUUAUUUGGAUGUAGGGGGUUGGCACCUGCAAAAGCAGCCAUUUGUGCAGUUCAAUGUUUGGUUAAGUGCGCUAUCCAAGAUGAGGCCAAUAUAGCUGAAACUAAGGGCAUAAUAGGUGAGACUGCAUACAACCAGUAUGAUGUUGGAUGUGCCCUUGGCUACUGCUCUGAGUUCCUGUUGAAUUAUGAUGAGAAGAGGUUCAACUGCUGCAUGGAAUAUUGCCGCGAGGGCAAAAUGACCUGUCCUGUUGAGGCUGCACCUUGAAGAAAUGGUUGCCCUAAAAUUAUGUAAAAACUAUCGCCUCAUCAAAUGGAAAUACACUACUGUUUCUACUUCCAGUGUUUAAUUAGUAGUAAUAGUAGUAGUAAAUAAGUGAGGCAUGUUACGUACUCUUAUGUUUUGUAAUCUUUAUGCUUUUUAAUAAUGUAAUCUGUCUGUGUGCAGCCAAUGCAUACGCGCGACGCUAGCUACUACUUUUUAUCUACUAAAAGAGGAGUAAUUUAUUUUC